CCCAAUCACAGUGCCGCCCGCAAACCAGUCAACACGGCGGCGCAGGUGCGGGCCGACGACGACGACGCCGUCGACGACAUGGCGCUCCUCCUGGGGGGGCUCGGCUGCACCAACAGCACCCUCAAGACCAUCCUGUUUGUCUUCAACUGCGCGUUCGUGCGUUGCAGGUGCUCGGCCUGGUGGCGUGCUCGCUGGCGACCGCCAUGCUGACGACCGAGGCCGACUUCGUGGACGGCGUGCGCGAGGCGCUCUGGGCCUGCGUGGUCUCGGGCUUCGCGGCCACCUUCGUCUCCUUCCUGGGCGGGAUGGGCGCGCUCAAGGAGAGCCCCAAGAUCCUCAUCGCGUACACGGUGUGCAUGGUGCUCGUGGCAGUGGCUCAGCUGCUCACCAGCCUCAUGCUCAUCAUCACCUCGGCCGGGUCCCGCACCGGCGUCCAGGCCAUCUUCGACCGCGCUCGCGACGGCGACGUCCUCCUGGGCUACAUCGCGGCCAGGAUCCAGAUGCUGUUCGAGUGCUGCGGCUCGGACGGCCCCGCCUACUGGGAGGUGCCCGGCAGCCAGGGCCUGCUGCCGGCCACGUGCUGCCACGGCGGGCUCGUGAGGCACUGCGACCUGUCCAACACGUUCACCGCGGGCUGCACCCCGCGCGUCGAGGGCUUCGUCGGCCGGUACGGCAUCUCGAUCGGCGCCACGGGCCUCGCCAUCUCCAUCACCGAGGGGCUCGGCGUCUGGCUCUCGGCUGCCCUGGCGCUACGGUUCAGAGCCCUCGCCCGGCGGAUGCAGAAUCUCUAAAGUUUGUUGCGCUGGACGCUGACGUCACCACCACACCACAAAGUCUCUUUCUCUACUUUUUAUUUUUAAGUAAUUUUUUUUAAAG